AUCUGUCUAUUCUCACGAGGACAGCGACAAGUACAACCGCUCUCUCCGUACAACUACUCUGCGACUGUCACUUGAUUCUGCUUGAGAUACUCUAGACAGAUAUGGACACCAUGCUUUACGAGGUCUCGCAAGCAUAAUCUCCCACAAUCUCGCCGAAUCAUCUCUGCCUCACCUUCACCUCCACGUCGCAGCCCUACGUUCCGUGCCACGCGCUCACAUACACCACAUCUGUCUCCUGACUUGAUUCACAUUGACCGUGAGGCAUUAUGUCGCAGUAUCCUCAGCCGACACCGCCGGCGCAAGAUGGCUAUGGCCAGCAACAGCCCGCGGGGCAAAACUAUGACAACUACGAGACGACUUCACCGCCAGGCGUAAUGCCGGCGCCUCCACAGGGACAGGCUCAUGGAGGCAGAAAGAAGCGUGCUUAUGCCGGUCAAGCAUACGAGUUUGGAGCAGGUGCAAAUGCUGCUUUGGGAGGUCAACCGCAGGCUGGUGGUGCAUACCCAGGUUAUUCUGCCCAGCAGGAUGCCGCUGGUUAUCCCCAAGGUGGAUAUCAACAGAACCCAGUGGCAGUCCAACAGGACACAACUCCCAUGUAUCCCGGCCAGGAAGCGGCGGGCGGGUACCAGCCUCCAGCUGCAGGCUAUCCUACACCAGGGGUUGCCGGCGUCACUCAGCAAUUUGGCCAAAUGAACAUUGCCCAACAGCCCCCUGUAGCUGCAGCGCCACAACAGCCGCAGCGAGCCCCUGUCCUCAAUCAACUCUAUCCCACCGACUUGUCCAACCAGCCUUUCAAUGUUGCGGAACUGGAUUACCCUCCUCCACCGGCCAUCCUGCCACCUAAUACCAGCGUCACACCUUCGCCCUUUGCCAAUUGCCCGCCCAAAUAUGUUCGAUCUUCUCUCAACGCCGUCCCCACCACCCAUUCUCUCUUGAAGAAGUCGAAACUACCGUUCGCGCUGGUCAUCCAGCCAUAUACCUCCUUGCAUGAUGUUGAAGAUCCUGUACCGAUUGUACCCGAUCAAGUGAUAUCGCGCUGCAGAAGAUGCCGAUCGUACAUCAACCCCUUUGUGACGUUCCUGGACCACGGACAUCGAUGGAGGUGCAAUAUGUGUAAUCUCACCAACGACGUCCCUCAGGCAUUUGAUUGGGAUGCUGCAGCACAAAAGAGCCUGGAUAGAUGGCAAAGACCAGAUUUGAAUCAUGCUGUCGUUGAAUUCAUCGCUCCCCAAGAGUACAUGGUCCGGCCGCCACAACCACUUGUGUACCUAUUUUUAUUGGAUGUAAGUUACGCUGCGGUUACCAGUGGCCUCUUGGCAACGACUGCACGAUGUAUCCGAGAAAGUCUGGAUAGAAUACCAAACGCCGAUCGCCGUACCAGACUUGGUUUUAUCGCUGUGGACUCAAGCCUACACUUUUUCAACAUUCCCCGGGACGGGACCGAAAACGCCCAAACGAGCAUGCUUGUUGUGAGCGAUCUAGAGGAAGCCUUCCUUCCUACGCCCGCAGAUCUGCUUGUAACGCUCUCCGAGUGCCGCGAAAACAUUGAGAGCUUCCUUGAUAAGCUACAAGAAAUGUUCCAAAACACACAGAACGGUGCAUCUGCGAUGGGAUCUGCUCUCAAAGCUGGCCACAAACUGAUAGGCCCUGUUGGAGGUAAGAUGACCGUGGUCACAGCGUCUCUUCCCAAUAUUGGACAUGGUAAACUUGACAUGCGAGAGGAUAAGAAGAUUUUGGGUACUUCAAAAGAGAGCAGCCUUCUUCAAACUAGCAACAGCUUCUACAAGAGUUUUGCGGUCGAGUGCUCGAAGCAGCAGAUCUCAGUGGACAUGUUCCUCUUCUCCUCGCAGUACCAAGAUGUGGCUUCGUUGAGCAAUCUCCCGAGAUACACCGGUGGCCAAACCUACUUCUAUCCAGGAUGGAAUGCGGCUCGGGAGGAUGAUGCAAUGAAAUUUGCGAAGGAAUUUUCUGACUACCUCUCUGCCGAGAUCGGCCUUGAGGCAGUUCUCCGUGUUCGAGCAACCACCGGCCUAAGAAUGAGUACCUUCUACGGUAACUUCUUCAAUCGAAGCUCCGACUUGUGCGCCUUCCCAGCAUUUCCUCGAGAUCAGAGCUAUGUGGUAGAAGUUGCCAUCGACGAGACCAUUACGAAGCCGGUUGUAUGUAUGCAGACAGCUGUCCUACAUACAACAUGCAAUGGCGAACGACGUAUCCGGGUUAUGACUCUAGCUUUGCCAACCACCCAACAGUUAUCAGAUGUGUAUGCAUCGGCGGAUCAGCAGGCCAUCACCACCUACUACAGUCACAAGGCAGUUGAGCGCGUCCUCAAUGGUGGGCUUGAUAGUGCGCGCGACAUGGUCCAAAAUAAGCUGGUCGAGCUUCUUUCGACCUACAAGAAAGAGCUAGCCGGUGGCAGCAUGGGUGGGGGCGGUCUACAAUUUCCUGCUAAUCUUCGAGGCCUACCUGUUCUGUUCCUUGCGCUCACCAAGAACCUUGGCCUGAGACGCUCCUCACAAAUUCCUAGCGAUAUGCGUUCCGCCGCACUUUGCUUACUAUCAACUUUACCAUUACCCCUGCUGAUUCAAUACAUCUACCCGAAGAUGUACUCCCUUCACGAUAUGCCAGAUGACGCUGGAGCUGUCAAUCAGGAAUCUGGAGAGAUUAUCCUCCCACCGCCAGUCAACCUUUCCUCGGAGCGCAUUGUGCCCUACGGGCUAUACCUGAUUGAUGACGGCCAGACGCAGUUCCUGUGGGUUGGACGCGAUGCUGUUUCACAGCUCAUCAUGGAUGUUUUUGGCAUGUCGGACAAGAGUCAGCUCAAGGUGGGCAAGCAGCGAUUGCCAGAGUUGGACAACGACUUUAGUGAGCGGGUUAGAGCUGUGAUUUCCAAGAGUCGGGACCAUCGUGCCAAGGGUGUGGGAAGCAUUAUUGUGCCUCACCUCUACGUAGUGAAAGAAGACGGCGAACCUGGAUUAAGGUUAUGGGCACAAACGAUGCUGGUGGAAGAUCGUGCGGAUCAAGGUGUCAGCCUUCAACAGUGGAUGGGACAGAUGCGCGAGAAGGUACAGUCAUGAGCGCUCAAAGACCGGGGGGCGGGGAGGGGGUUGCUAACAGUACGGGCAGGUGAUGCAAUGAAAAGAUGUUGGUUGCUAGCAAAAAUGUCAUAGAGUGAAAUACAAGGACAUCCAUCUACCGC